ACGUAAGCAUUUACUUACACAUGUGCAAUAAGCAACUCUGAUUUCAACUUCAACAUGGUCGACGUGUGCGACGACGUGCAAUAAAAUAUGUUGACGACUUUGCGUAUUUGCAGUUAUAGAAACCUUUACAAUGUUUCCAAGCGGACACAUGCUUGGAAAGCAAAGAAAAAGAUUGCCGCCACUGAGGAAAGGACUAUUUCUGAAUUAAAUCCGUGGCCAAGUUAUAUUCAAGAUCGUAUUGCAUUAUGGGAUAAACUUAAAGCAGAGUACAAUGCAUCAUUAGCCUCGAAAACAGUUACUGACAUAAAAGUAACUCUCCCUGAUGGGAAGGAAGUUGUAGCUCAAUCUUGGCGUACUACGCCAUAUGAAAUUGCCAGAAACAUUAGUCAAGGUCUAGCAGACAGUGUUGUCAUUGCAAAAGUUAAUAAUGAACUGUGGGACCUCGACAGGCCUUUGGAGUCUGAUUGUAAACUCGAACUUCUUAAGUUUGACCAUCAAGAUGGCCAGCAGGUAUUUUGGCAUUCUAGUGCGCAUAUUUUAGGAGAGGCAAUGGAAAGAGUAUAUGGUGGUUGUUUAUGUUAUGGUCCGCCAAUAGAUAAUGGUUUCUACUAUGAUAUGUACUUAGGUGAAAAAGGAAUUUCUAAUUUGGAUUUCCCAUUCUUGGAAACUAUUUACAAAAAAAUAGUUAAAGAUAAACAACCAUUCGAAAGAUUAGAAAUGACCAAGGAAGAUCUCCUGGAGAUGUUCAAAUACAAUGAAUUUAAAGUUCGAAUUAUCAAUGAGAGAAUACAUACUCCAACCACUACAGUGUACAGGUGUGGUCCAUUGAUUGAUUUAUGCAGAGGGCCACAUGUUAGACAUACUGGAAAAAUUAAGGCCAUUAAAAUUACCAAGGGUUCCUCUGCUUAUUGGGAAGGAAAUGCCAAUGCAGAGUCUUUACAAAGAGUUUAUGGCAUCAGCUUUCCAGAUACCAAACAACUGAAAGAGUGGGAAAAGUUUCAAGAAGAAGCGGCGAAACGAGAUCAUAGGAAAAUAGGAAAGGAGCAAGAAUUAUUCUUUUUCCAUGAACUUUCCCCAGGAUCGUGUUUCUUUCAACCACGCGGGGCUUAUAUUUAUAACACUUUAGUUGAAUUUCUUCGUUCUGAAUACAGAAAACGUGGCUUUCAAGAAGUAAUUACACCCAAUAUUUAUAACAGUAAAUUAUGGCAAACGUCCGGUCACUGGAUGCAUUAUGCAGAGAAUAUGUUCUCCUUUGAUGUUGAGAAGGAAACUUUUGCGCUUAAACCAAUGAACUGCCCUGGUCACUGUAUGAUUUUUGACGUUCGUAUCAGAUCUUGGCGCGAAUUGCCAUUGAGAAUGGCAGAUUUCGGGGUGCUGCAUAGAAAUGAAUCAGCUGGUGCACUAACUGGACUAACCAGAGUCAGGCGUUUUCAACAAGACGAUGCGCAUAUAUUCUGUUCAGUUGAUCAAAUUAAAGACGAAAUGAUUGGCGCGCUUGAUUUCUUGAGACACGUGUAUUCCGUAUUCGGUUUCACGUUUAAUCUAUGUUUAUCGACGAGGCCUGAAAAAUACAUGGGAGACUUAGAAAUGUGGGAUCAAGCUGAAAAAGCGUUGGCAGAGAGUUUAGACGCGUUUGGAGAACCGUGGAAGAUUAAUCCAGAGGAUGGUGCAUUUUACGGUCCAAAAAUCGACAUAACAAUUAUGGAUGCACUUAAGAGAGCUCAUCAGUGUGCUACUAUUCAGUUAGAUUUCCAAUUACCAAUUAGGUUCAAUCUAUCUUAUGUCAACGAAUCCGGAGAAAGAACGAGACCGGUAAUUAUUCACAGAGCCAUUUUGGGUUCUGUAGAAAGAAUGAUUGCGAUUUUAACAGAAUCGUAUGCUGGAAAAUGGCCGUUCUGGUUGUCCCCGCGUCAAGUAAUGGUUAUUCCAGUAUGCUCUCAGUUUGAUGAUUAUGCGGAGCAAGUAAAAGAUAAACUUUGGGACAGUGGAUUUAUGGUAGAGCUUGAUACAGAUCCAAGCGAUACUCUGAACAAAAAGAUACGAAAUGCUCAAGUCGCUCAAUUCAAUUUUAUUCUUGUUGUUGGAGAAAAAGAACUUAACGCUGGCACAGUAAAUGUACGAACGAGAGACAACGUGGUGCAUGGGGAAAUUCCGGUUGAUGAUUUGAUUGCAAAAUUCAAAGUAUUCAAAGAGAGGAAGGAUAAAAACUGCGAAGAGAAAUUCUAAAUAAGCUUUGUAUACGGACAGAAUAUUUAUUUAUUUCCAGAUUAUAAUUCCGGUAGGAUCAAGUGUAAUGUAGAUCGACAGGAUCUAAAAUCACGUCUUUUAAAUAUAUCGGAAGAAACUACUGUUACUAAGAUAACCGUAUAAAAGUGUAAGAUGAUUGUUUUGCAUUUGAUUAAUUUCAAUUAGUAUCUAAACUUUGAUACAACGUCAAGGUAGAAAUAGAAAAUAUAUAAGAAUCUGUAUCAAAUUUUAACUUAUCAAUUCAUGCAUUUGUGCUUGUAAAGUAAUUCUGUCUUAAAAAUUUUCCCUUUUAUUAACUAGAUUUUUUUUUUUAUUGAAAAAACGUGAAUAUGUCGCUUUAUAUAAAUUAAAUAUAAAUUAAAAAAUACGGAAUAUACAGUUAACUUACUUAAUUUGUUUCAGCUUUGUCUUUUAUUUAGUUACUUGAGAAUAUUUUUACGAUUAAUGAUCUUAUUCGAAAGCUACAAAUAAUUUCUCAUUUCUCGCAGUUUUAUAGCUGAAACAUUGAGUGUAACUCGAAAUAUUCAUCUCAACGGCUGUGCUCCAUAAUUUAUUGCAGAUACUGUCAAUAUAUAAUAUAUUGCUGUAACUGCGCCAGUAUCUUUUGGAAAUAAAUUACCGCUGUAAACUAUAAAUCACAUCGACGCAGAUGACGUAUUGUUGUCAUUAAAAAUCUCUCACAAUAAAGUAGUAUCUUCAA